UCUGGGCUUUGCAGCGCCGAGCGCAGGGGGAAUCCUGCUAUAAACAAUUCCUUGUCCUCCUCGCACUGUACUGCAGAGAGCCGAUCUUGUUCGAGACUAACUCACGCAGUGUGUGAUAUUACACAGUCUCUUUAAUCGGAUUUUCUUUUGUUACGUAUGUUAUUUUUAUUUGUUUUUAGUUAGCCUUUAAAACUGUCAUACGGGCAACCCAGAGGAUUUCCAAAGACGCAGUGUCUGCAGUUUUUAUUUUAUUUUAGUGUCUUUAUUUAUUUUAUCUACCUACCACCCAAAGAAAUAACUCUCCAAAGCAGAUUAUUUCUAUGAAUCAGAAAUAUAGAGAAACCAAGCACUGAACUUCACCACUGCUAAAAGCUGUACCUCAAUUAUAACUACACAGAUAAUCAGUUCAUCUUGCUUUAAUAUUGGAGAGGGAGAACCUCACCCAGAAUGAAGACAUUCAUGAAUAAAGAAGUUCAAAAGCUCCAACAGUCAGGAAGUAAAGACAAUGUUUUCUGCGGCAAAAACAAAUUCCAAUUGUGUGUACUGGAUCAGCAAAUUUCUUUGAGACCCUGAAGCUUUCAGUAAUUUCAAGGAAUAAUUGAAUUGAAUAUUAGACCCUGUUAGGUAUUCUGUGCAGUUCCUAGUUGCAGAACAAUGUCUGCUGGAUAGACUACAAAUGGCUGCUUGUUCUACUGAAGAUCCUAUAUUACCUGGCAUUUUAGAAACAUUUUGCUAUUUUUUUAGCAGUGAAAAUGUAAUUUUGUGUAAUUAACUUUGCUAAGUCCUUUUAAUUAUAUUUUUAUAUACUAUUCAUUGCUUUACUGCUUUUAAAAACAGCUCUAAACCUUAUUAGGAGAUUCUGGCAUUGAACAUGACACAUGGAGAAGAGCCUGGUUCUGAGACACACCAGGAUUCUGUUGUUUUAACUUACCUUGAAGGCUUACUAAUGCAUCAGGUUGGAGGUGGAUCAAGUGCCACAGCCACACAAAGGUCUGAUGCUGGGCACAGCAACAAUGUUCAAAGUAAUAAAGUGGAUGGAAAUUGCCAUAUACCAAGCUUUGUGCCUAAUCCAGAAGAAAGAGGCAUGUUAUUGUCAGCUGGCACACAGCACCUUAAAAAGGCAAGGUUGCUUCAGUCACCUGAAGCUUGGAAAGAGACUGGGAGGCAUAACGUGUGUGCUGCCAAUGAAGACUUGAAUGAAAAAGACAGGGACAUUCUUGCAGGAGCUCUGGACAGCUCAGCUAAAUGCAAACAGGAUAGCACUUUGCUUGCAUCAUUGUUACAGUCUUUUAGCUCCCGGUUGCAAAGUGUGGCACUGUCACGACACAUUAUGCAGAGCCUGAAAAUGCAGGGAUACCCCUCCAGCGAUGAAACCACUCAUGAUGACGAGGAGAUCCCUAAAUACUAUGGUAUUGCAUCAAACCGGUUAAAAGACAUACUUAAAAAAAACAAAACCCAGAAUCGCAUCAGUGUGCCUUACCAAAGAAGAAGCAGUCAGGAGAGGUUUUCUGAUUCUCCUCAGGCUCCACAAAGUAAUGCACAGGCAGCUAUAGAACCUUUGUCCUGUUCAGCAAGGCUUAAAGCAGUUGCCAGUCUGGUUGAAAAUAGAUCCAGUCCAGUACCUUCUCCAAAACCAAGUGUUGCAUGCAGUCAGUUGGCUUUACUACUUUCAAGUGAGGCUCAUCUACAACAGUAUUCCCGAGAGCAGGCAAUGAAGUCCAGGCUGGCGGGGAGAUCAGCUAGUGAGAGAUUAGCUGCAAUGGCUAGUCAAAAAAUACAGGAUAAGAGGACUAACCCGAGUCAGAGUCCCCUGUCCAAGGAACUGCUAAGCCCUGUGAAUGGACAAGGCUUAUCAUCAACUAAAAGUAAAGAUUGUAAUAGACACAGCCCUGUGCCUGUUUCAGGAGAGAACCGAACUAGCACAUCUUUGAGAUAUCACCAGACUUUGAAGGGUAAAAACACUCAAUCUUCCUUACGAUCAUCUCCUAAUUGCAGCAGCUUGCUAUUGCAUCUUUUAAAUAAUCACAAUUCACAAAAGCAAAUAAAUGGUCAUGCUGUAAUAAAGGAAAAUUGCAGCCGUUUCCCAAGCCCUAGUCCACCGGUGCCAUCUGCAAGUGAGCAUUCUGACCACAAAAAUAACCUAACUGAUGACAGCAGUGAUGCUGAGAGCUCACAUUCAAGCUGCUCCCCAAUUGAUCUGUCUUUGAAAGCAAAAUCAAAAGAUUUAAGGCCAACUGGAUCCUUGGAGAAGUUAACUGAGUCAUUGAUAAGCACCUGGAAGCCUGAGACUGCUAAACUCAAAAUAACAGAUGAACAACAUAUGGAGAAUGAGGCAGCAAUGAAACCUCAUCAAAAGGUAACACUUCUACAGUUAUUGCUGGAUCAUAAAAAUGAUGAAAAUCCAGACCAAAAUGCUCAGAAUUCAGAUUUUCAAAGUAGUGGAAACAAUAAAAUACCAGUUGGAAGAAUAACUCCACUUAGGAGAAAUGAGGAGUGCAACAAAAUUAAUUCAGCUGAUAUAAUCGGCUUUAGAAAAAGAGUAUCACCAAGUUAUUCUUUAUCUCCAGAAACAAGUGGGUGUUCUUCACCAUCUGAAGGACUGUUAAAUAUGUCAUCAAAAGGAACAGUAAAUCUGAUACCCAGCACUUUGUUAGACCUUACAAAACCAGUUGGAGUCACAAGACCAGAAUCUAUUAGAUGUGUAUCUCCAUUUACUUCAGAUACACCAAAGGGGUCUGUCAGUGCGCAUACAGAAAAUUUAUUAGAUCUUCGUAAGAGAAAAAAUACUGGCUUGGUUAAACCCUUUUCUAAUGACAAAGUGCCAGAGUCAUCAUUUAGUGCCAGCAAAUUGCUUCAAAACUUAGCCCAGUGUGGUCUAAAACAUACUGCCCAUUUAUCACCAUCUGAAAGCACCGGACAUCUUAGUAAAGGACAACUAUGUGAUAUAAAAGCUGAAAAAACUGUAACCUUACUAGAAAAACUCAGUGCACCACUUCCAGCAAACCGAUCUGCAAAUUUAGAAGAACAUAAUAGAUUAACUGACAAACCAGUGGCCUCCAGCUCAGAAAUUGAGACUCUACUGGAAAGACGUACAGUUUUACAACUCCUUCUGGUGAAAGCUAGCAAAGAGAAAGCAGCACAUCAUCAAAAAGGAGAGCAUGUCAAUGGAAGCUCACCAGAACAGCAACCCAAAAAACAUUUUAACAAGGAAGGCUUUGGUGAGCUUGGAUUGGAGGUCAAAAUAAAGACUGAGCCCACUGAGGACAGCUGCUUAUCUGAACAUGAGGUUGAAAAAAAUGAACAUUGCCCAAAGGAAAGACCUCAAAGGCAAAACAAUCUUGAAAGAUUUUUCAUAUCAACCAGAGACCUAAACCAAGACCAACUUCCUGUUUCACCAGUCAUCUCUAAAGAUGGACUUUUGAGUCAGCUGCUAAAACAACAACCAAGUACUUAUUACAUGAGCAAAAACAACAAUGCAGAUAUUGUUAAAGAGGGUAAGGAGAUAAUUCCUCACGAGACAAUUCUUCCUAAAAAGAGAAAGCUAUGCUAUUCUUCUGAGGACAUCACAGGCAGUGAAUCUUUGAAAAAGGCAAUAAUGAACUCUUCUCAGGCUGAAGUCUCGAAGGUUAUCCCUUCCCUGAAGGAACCUUCAUCGUGGACACCAGAGAAACAGCACAUCCAAAGCAAAGUAAAUCAGUUUGAGGCAGAGGCUGUAGUGCAGGUUGGAUGCCCAAUAAAUGACACAGUUUGUUAUAAAGAUGGAAGAGGAUUUAAUGUGCUGAAACAGUUGCUCCUUUCAGAUAACUGCUUAAAAGAUUUGUCUCAGUCAAGGGGUACAGUCAGCCCCUCUGCUGCUCAGAUUAAUUGCAGACUGAAUGGAGAUGCUUACAGUGUGCUGAAGUAUCCCCCUGAAAACAGCAAUCUGCAGCACAAUCGCAGUUCUCCAUUAGUGACUCCUGUUGAUCUUAAGGUCUCCAAGAGUGCUCCUGCUCGACAACGUCCCACUGUCCCUCAUUGGCAGGAUCACUUAGCCACAAAAGACUCUCCUCAGUUAAAUCUAAUACCAGUCAACGGUGAAACUGAAGGACCAAUUAGAUGGGAAAUCAAAGGGGAAGAGAAGAAUGAAUCAAGAAGAGCUUCCCCUAGACUAACCAAGUCUAACCCAAUACUUUACUAUAUGCUUCAAAAGGGGAGUACCACCAUUAGCAAUGAGGAAAAAGCAAAGAAGGUCUGGACAGACACUAAGUCUUCCUCUCCACACCGUGGACUUCAGAUUAAUAUCAAGGAGGAACCUUUAUCUGACAUGGAAGAUUAUGAUCAGGUGUUCCAUUUAAGUCGUCACUCACAAUCUUAUACCAGUCAGACAGUUGGUCAUAAUGCAAGACUUAAUGGCAUCUUAGAAAAAGUGCUCACUGUUAAGAAAGAACCAAACUAAUGCAAAAUAAUUGCAUACUGUACAAGUCAACAGAAUGGGCAAUUACUAGAGCUGGAAUAGCUUUCACUGUACUUUUUGAUUAUAAUCUGUUAUGUUUUCUUGUGUAUGUGUAUAUUGUGUUAGCUGGUAUGCCUUCAGAAAUGCAUGGGUCUGAGGGCUGUUCUCAUAAAGCAUUAGCACGUGGUAAGUGCAUCAUUGAUCAAUGCCUUUACCAGCAUGCAAGACCUUUAUGAUUGCUGCUCCAAACCAUAAACAUUUCGGUGGCGUAAUAAGUGAAAAAUAAAAGGUUUUGUACAAGUCUACAGCAUGAUGUUGAUGCAUAGAAUACUUAUUUUUAUUAAAAGUAGGUAUGUUAAUAACUGGGAUGUUUUUACUUUACAGUGACACCAAAUAUAAACCUAAAUAAGUGAAAAAUUGGUAGUUCUUUUGUUUCCUUCAUAAGACUUGAUUUUUUUAGUCCUGCCCUGUUUAGCUUUGUUUAAAGGUUAAAGGUAGUCUGUUCACACCAUGAAGUUUUCACAUGAUGUAUAUUCUCUUACCAAUAUAAAAGUAUCCAUUUUAUAUUGGAGAGUGAAUUGAUUAUAGGAACUGUUAGAAUGAAAAAAAAUAAAUAAAAAAUAAAAAUAUGUAACAUUGUUAAACAGAUUAUUACAGUUUUUUGGAAUCCAGUUUAGAGCUGUAAAGGUGACUCUGUAUGAAGAUUUUUUUCACAUUGUGUAUUGAAGUUCAGUUUCCAGUGAUUCUUGAUUACUUAAUGUAUAUUUUACAUAAACCAGGCAGAUGACCACUUAACUUAUAAAAGUUAUAGUUUUAUAAAACAUUUUUCAAAAAAUGUAGGACAGCUUGGGGCACUAUAGUUAACACUGGUACCACAUGGAUCAAGGCUUGGAUGUGUGCAUGAGUUGACACUUCAGUGGAAUAGUGCCCUCUCCAGGGUCUGUUAAAGUCUUGAGCACAGUGCUGCCAAUAUUGUCUCUGACCACUAUCACAGUCCUACAUUGAAAUAAAUUACGUCAUGUACUUAAUCCAUACCAGGGUCACAGGAAGGAGUGCUGGAGCCUGUCCCAGCUGGCGCAGGGCAGUAGGAGCAAAUCCCAGACAGAGUGCCAGUCCAUCGUAGGGUGAACACACACACAUGCACAUUACACACUAAGGUCAGUUUAGCUUCUCCAGUUCACCUAACCUGCAUGUUUUUGGACAGUGGGGGGAAAUGCACACAGACAUGGGGAGAACAUGGGAAAAUAUGCGGACCUUGGGAUGUAAACCCUAGUCUCUUUAUUGCAAGGCAACAGCACUAACACUACACCACCAUGCUGCCCUUGAAAUAUAUUGUAACUUUCUUUUUCAAUAACUUCUCUUAAGUUUCUCCUUGGAAAUUUUACAUACCUGUAAUUGGAAGGAAAUAUUUUUCAGGAAGAGUUAAGCCACUGACUAUUUUAUGCAUGGAAAAUUGUUACUUAACAGCAAAACUUUAUUGAUCAUUUGUAAGAUUAAAAAAGUAAACUGAAAACCGUUGCAUUCUUCCCUUUGUCUGUAAUGGCUUUUUCUCUUUUUCUAAGUUUACAUUUUAUGCCAUUAUAUAAUUCAACUUCUCGUACAGUCACAGCGACCCAUGGCUUGUAUUGGUUAUAUUCUAACUCCAGGCACUCCAGCUGUUCAGCAAACCAAGGUCCAAAUGUUCUGCAUCAGCAGUGCUUUAGGAAAUCCCUUGUGAAUAAUAAAACAAAUGUUAACAACAGGGUCAGAGUUUUAUGACAAAUAUUAUUGUAAGCUGUAUUUUUCUUUCAUAUUAUAUUACAUUUCUCAUAUUAAUGCAAAUUUUCAUUUUCUGAAAUGCAUACUUUAAUCUAUAUUGGCAGAAACUGGAUUUAUUCUUGAAUAACAGUGUACACGGACCAAUGCAAUUUGAGCCAAACGACAUCUGAACCAGAUCUCAAACUUUGGCAUGAUUGUACAGGGUGUCACUGCAGGUCUUUUACAUAGCAUGUUUGUGCACUCUAAGUAACUAGUUGAACAAAACGCUUUACUGUAAUUGUGAAAUAAUCACUUCGGAUUUCACAAUGGAAAAUCAUGUGGUGUGAACAGACCAUGUUUUUACAGUUAAAGAAAUAGUGUGUACAUUUUUUAUUUCAUCCUUUAUUCUUCAAUCUUACAUAAAUCCUUUUAUAAAAAAGUUGUUCUAAAAGUCAAAAUGAUUUAAGUUAUGUUUCAUGUAGUCAUGUCAUUUACUGAAAACGGCAAACAAAAUAUCAUUUUGAUGGGCUUAAGGAUGGCCGACAUUGUAGGUAAUAGAAAUGGUAAUGGAAGCCAUUACAUUGAUAAGGUUUUUGCAGUGUCAUUUAAAAGUGUGAAGAGCGCCUGUAUAUAGUCAGGUUUUGUGUCAAUUUUUAAAGCAUGUGAGUACUAUAUAGAACUUUGUGGUUUCUAGGUUUGAAAGUUCCCAUUUACUCCUUUGCCAUUUUGAAGAUAAAAAUAGCAUGUUAAGCUGUAUGUAAUAUACUGUAUUUGUCAGACCCUUCAAGGUAUUUGCAAAGAAAGUUCCUUACUUAUUACAGUUUUGUGAGUUUUAUCUGACCACACACUACACCACAAGUAAACAGUUCUUUUUCUGUUUAUUAGAUUGCUGUCUUUAAAAUAAUUUAUAUGUACCUUUAGAAAGAUUUCUUAAUUUAUUUAACUAUUUUUUAUUUUUUGUCUGAAAAACAAAAAUGCAUCCCUGAACUGGUUAGACAAAAGUAUGGAUAAGGAAAAUAUAAAAUCUGGUGUAUAUUUAUUAUUGUUAUUAUUAUUCAUACCACCUUUUCCAUUUUUCAAAGGGAAGUUGGAAAUCAUUAAGAUUUUUCAAUCUGUGAUCCUUCGUCAUAAAAAAAACAAAUUUGUCUUUUUUCAUAUACUGAUUUUCAUGUGAAUGUUUUAAAUCUUUGUUUUAUUUAUGUAUUUUGUUACUUCAUCUGGAAUGUUGAUAAUCCAAGUAAUUGUUUGGGUAUUUCUAAAAUCCCAUUUUUGGGCUAUGCUGUCUCUGGCCCUACCUUUUAAAAAAGUUGUGACCAAACCCAUUUGUGAGGUCUGAUCGACAAUUAAUUGUGCUGUAAAGCCUUGUUUUGCCUCAGACAGAAUUAGGGUAAAAUCAAACUAAAGGUAUUAGCAACCAUUUUUAAACAGACUCUUUCUUCAGUGUUUGCAAUUGGGAAAGCUGCAGAAUAUGGAUCUUCUAAAGAAGUAUUGGGAUUGAUUUAGUGCAAAGUGAAAUUUUUAGUAGAUUGAAAAAUACAGAGCAGGAGAUUUGGUAUUGACUGGAAAUGUUUAUCACCUACAAUUUCAGUGUCUUAACUUUAGGUUAUUUUGCAUUUUCCAAAAUUGUUUGAGGGUAAGAAGAUUCUUCUUUACUUUGAAAUGGGUAUUUUUUUAAGAUGUAUUUCUGUAAAUACUGUUUCUUUAUGAAGGAUAGCUAUUUUGUAUUGUUCAAUGAAAGAAAAAUAGUUUUAAACUCAAAGUUGUGUAAAUUAUAUGUAUAAUUGUAUAUAUGAUAUUGACGAAAGUUUCUUUUGCAUGUUGUCUCUGUUGUACGCUUAUGAUAAUCUUUAUUCUAAAACAUUUUGUUAUGUCCUGAUGCUCUACUUCGCUGCCUGUUGCAUGUCAGUGCAUGGGGAACACCUGUGCAUUAUUGCUGGAUCUUGGAGAAAUAGUCUUAAAAGUCUACUGAAAUGAAUGAGCGUUCAUAACAUAUGAUGUGAACAGUCAGCAAGUUUAAGAAAAACUACUUAUAAACAGAUAUUUAAAAUACUCAAAAAUCAAUGUGCAUUAAUUAUUUUUCCUAAUUUAAUUAUCUCCAACACCUGAGAAGAAAGUUCCUCUCUACCUGUACAUAAUACUUAAUAAAGAAAUUACACAUUAAAAAGUAUCGUUAGUUAUACUUGGGUACAAACAAAAGUUUGUUCUUCAUUCCAUGUAACAUGUUGCAGCAUAACAUUUUGUUGUUUUGAGGGCUUUUUUCCCUUUAGUCUUGGUGUUUACUUGCACAGACUUUAAAUAAACUCCUAAAUGCACAAUUUCUAUUAAAA